GUAACAACGGGUAAGUGACAGCGGACCAUACGAACCGCCUCAAUAAAUCGGCAACGCGGUGAUGGUUUUUACCACUUCAGAGUGGAUCCAGUUUUUCAAGGAUGCUGGGAUUCCUCCUGGUCUGGCUGUGAACUACGCCCUGUCGUUUGUGGAUAACAGGAUCCAGAAGACCAUGCUGAUGGAUCUCAGUAAGGAGAUCAUGAUGGACUUGGGCAUCACUGUCAUCGGUGACAUCAUUGCCAUCCUCAAGCACGCGAAGCAAGUUUACAGACAGGACAUGUGUAAGAUGGCCACAGAGGCCAUAACGUCGGGACAGACUAGCGUUCAGGCUGAGUUGAGGAGAACUGCCAACACACCCGCCACACGAAUGAUCGCCAAUGCAUUGAGCAGGGAGUCCCCCCCAAGCACUCCGGUCCGUCGCCCAGACAACUGCCUCUCUGUGACAGUGUCGAACAAGCAGGCGGCCAAGAGCAACAAAGCAGUGCUGAGCCGGACGGCGGAUGAGGGCAGCGGCGUCCCGGUGAAGCGGAGGCGUGUGACGGCGGAAAUCGAGGGGAAGUACAUCAUCAACAUGCCCAAGGGGACAACGGCGCGGACCCGCCGUAUCCUGGAGCAGCAGGCCAAGAGAGAGAAGGCAUUGAAACGUACCUCAGUGUUUGAGAGGCUUGGAGCCGAGACCAAAGCGGACACUACCACCGGGAGCAAGCCGACGGGAGUCUUCAGCCGUUUGGGCGAAGGUGACGCAGAGGAGGAUGACGAGACGUCAGCGAAGGUGAUAAAAGGGGAGGAGGCGGGGAGCGACGGGGAGGACUCCGUGUUGCAGUAUGCCGGCGUCCUUAAGCGGCCCCCAGCCUCGCAAAAAAAAGGCCCCGCCCCCUCAAGCCAGCUGCCCCCCAGGCUGCUGGGCAAGAAGGUCCCCAUCACUCUGCGCCGGCUAGGCAAGAAUCAAAUCAAAUCAAAGCCGCCCGCCGCCCCAUCCGCCCCCGCUCCCCCCACCAACCCCCCUGCCCCCUCCACCAAUCGCACCCCUGCCCGCAAACCCAGCAUCCUGAAGAGACUCGGCAAAGUGCCCCCAGCGCACGGCUCUGCCAAGGCCGUGGGUGCCCCGCCGGCCGCCCCCCCACAGCCCUCGGACACGCAGGACAGUCGCAUCACCAGCACCAAAACCAAGGGCGGCUUGGGCCUCAUGCUGGCCAGCUCUAAGGUUAGCAGCAGCACUGGUGCGCUGGACUGCCAGGGCGCCCAGAUGGACCACGCCGGGACGGUCAGCGUCUUUAAGAGGCUGGGCAUAAAGAGGACCUAAAACACGCCUGACCAAUGGCACAGGGCCUCCGUUUUAUCCCCUAAACUCCUAACAGUCUCAGUACACGAUUCUGAUUGAAGAGAAGCAGCCAUAGCAGAGACAUGAGGAGACACAGUUUACGUUUCAGCUCAUAAGCUUAUGACUACUGUGGUAUUUCUGAAAAAAUAAAGAGUUUUGCUGUUAGGAUCGUCAGCGCAAGCUGACACCGGCUGCUUGAGGCGUCCCGACACUCCGGCGAUGAAGGGGCAGCUCGAUCCAGGCCCUCUUCACUCGAUCUGGGCCCUGCAGGAAUGAACUUUCCCUUUUAAUUACCUCAUUUCCUGUCAUUUUAUUUUUGGCUAUUUCGUUUAUCAUCGAUUUUAAUUAUUUUAUUUUUUUUACACCUAAACCAUUGCCUUAUUCAUGGUAGUUUUUUUUUAAGAAUAUUUGGGGCAUGGUGCAGACAAUGCUGGAAUUUCAUGGUUCCGCACAGUCACAAAUGUAGGCGAUUUAAGCCUAAUUGGGUUUAUUCAUAAACGUCGUAUUAACCCACGUGAAGCGAAAUAGUUGCAACAGUAACGUAAGAGUGGCAGGCAGGAAAGUUCCCCACGGGGGCUUUGCCAGCUAACGGGUUUGCAUCAGUGGCUCUGCUUCAUGCCCUUGUUGCUCCCUGUUGACAGGCAAAUUAUCGGGCAGCUAUUUUUUAAAUUUCAUUUUAUUACCUUCAUCUUCUCUGCAGCUGAACAAUGUUCUUCCCAAGUUGCCAGAUGGCCGUUUUGUUCAGUGGGGAAUUUAACCGAUAUGUAGUGUUAAUCACCCAGAGAACACCAGGCAAAUCGGUCAAGUGAUGAAUCCAUCCGCCUGUCGACUCGAUUUCAUGGCAUCACACGAAUGGCAUUUAUAUGUACAUGUGUAUUUUUUCCCCUUUUGUUGCCAACUUAACCAGCAUCAGCUUAAAGUUGAAUGAGCUUCAAAUGAAUCAAUACACUUCGUUCCUGAGGUGGCUGUAGAUUUUGCGCAAUUUAAGCCAAUUUUUCUAUGCGUGUUAUAACAUGCAUUGUAACUUAAUUAGGCCUAUGUAAAGUAAUUAGCCAUUAUACAUUUUAUUUUGAUGUGACACUGUAACUGUGUUAUUUUUAAUAUGUAAUGGAACUGGUUACUAGUUUCUUUGUCAUGCCGAAAUGCUCCUGAGAUGAUAAAAAAAAGGUUUAAAAUCA